GUGUCUAAAAUAAUCAAUGAAGAUUUUUUUGUUGAUGAUCUAAUCACUGGCCAUGACAAUCAUGAUACCCUCAUGCAAAUUUGUGAUCACAUCACAUCAGUUUUAGCCUCAGGAUGUUUUCCAUUACAUAAAUGGUUAUUUAAUACUUGCUUAAACACACCUAAUGAAUCAAGACAUUUAUCUUUAGGAGAUGAUUGUUCAAAUAAAACUCUCGGUUUGGGUUGGUUCACUCAAAGUGAUGAAUUAUAUUUCACUACCAAACUUAAGGUAAACACACACACUGUUACUAAACGUUCAAUGUUAUCUGUAAUUGCUCAGAUUUAUGAUCCACUUGGGUUGUUAUCACCAACAAUCAUAUGUGCCAAAAUCUUAUUGCAAAAAUUAUGGCUUUCCAAACUUGACUGGGAUGACCCCGUUCCUCAUGAUGUGGUUCAGUCUUGGGAAAAGUUUAUUAAAUCAUUUGACUGUUUAAAGGAUAUUCGCAUUCCUCGACAUGUUAUAGGUUCACAUAAUCAAUACAUUGAACUUCACAUUUUCAGUGAUGCUUCACAAAGUGCUUAUGGUGCUUGUAGUUAUAUACGCUCUUAUUCAGACAAUUCACCAGUGUUUAUCAAAUUGUUAUGUUCAAAAAGUAAAACAGCUCCAUUAAAAGCUAUAAGUAUUCCUCGAUUAGAACUAUGUGGAUCUUUAGUGGGUGCCAAAUUGUUUGCAAAAAUAAACCUUUUACCUCUUACCCCCGCUCACUUCCUCAUUGGCCGCCCACUGACAGCACCAGCUUCUGAAGAUCUGACUACUACACCAUCACAUCGGUUGACACGCUAUCACAGAAUUGAACAACUCAGACAACAUUUCUGGCAACGUUGGUCUAAGGAGUAUGUCUCUGAACUCCAAACUAGAACUAAAUGGAAGAGUCCAAGUCGAGAUAUCACCGAAGACAUGUUAGUCCUUAUAAAAGAAGAUAAUUCUCCACCCUUAAAAUGGCGUCUUGGAAGAGUCACUGAAGUCUCAAGAGGCAAAGAUGGAGUAGCUCGAGUUGCCUAUAUUCGCACAUCUGAAGGCAUAAUUCAAAGGGCUUGUUCGAAAAUAUGCCCCAUCUUUCCAGAGGACGAGGACCCUGAAGAAGAAGACAUUGGAAGAGUUCUUCCAAGGCCGGGGGCAUGUUAAUGCGCAACACCGAACACAAUAACGUCAAUGUCAUCUGUCUAUCAAGUGCAAGUCAAUUCAACGUCAACUGUCAACUGUCAUUCUCUACUCUGUAUCUGUAAUUAAUUUUCACUAACUGAAAAGAAAUGUACGCUUCAAUCAAAAUUAAAAUCACUGAAGAUAA